GAUUUUUGUGACCCUCGGCCAACCGGCCGCGUCACCCCAACCGAAAAGAAAAAGAGACUGCCUCCGCGCAUCCGCAUAGGUUGUCAGUGAAGGCGCCCACUGCGGGAAUUUGGGGCAUUUUGGGACCUCCAGGAGCAAAAGGCAUCGCUACUAGGAGCAAGGACGCUACUAGGGGCUCCUGGCAUCGCUACUAGGAGCAAGGACGCUACUAGGAGCUUUUUCAUAGAGUCAUUUUCUGUUGCCUCGUCUGCAGGGAGUGGGGGUGACAUGUCAGUAACAUCGAAGGACAUGAAGUGGAGUCGGCAAGCACUACGCCCGGCGGGUCUUCACGUCCAUCCCAAACCUGUGGCUGCAGAAGGCCUUGCUUAAACUAUUUGAUAGACGUUUGACCCUGGUUUGUUCUCAGGCGCGCAUUAUAAAUCGAACAAUGACCGAAUUUGGGUUUCAUGGGAUCGUGUUUCAUGCGAUUUGCUCAAACAAUCACAUUAAAGGGUGUGUCAAGGGUGUUUUGAAGAAAGCCGGUGUGUUGUUAUUUGUCACCCCCUCUACCUUAGGCCAUUCCCCAUGUCCAGGAUUCGAGUCCAAGAAUCGUCAUGCAUCAUCACAAUUCUUUUCCGGCACAUUUUGUUCCAUCUUGUUCUGGAGCUUUCACCAACUCAACUCUUAUGCCGAGGGUCGCUCGGAUCAACUUGUUACUUCAGCACGGGGAUCCUCCCUAUUUUGGGGAGGGCCACAUGUCCAACGCCCAAACGCCUCCCACAGACUUCACUGUCUUUGUGGACGGCGUGCCGUACGACUGGUCCAUCGAGCGGGUCACCGAGUUCUUCUCAAAGUGUGGCCCUGUGCGGGAGGUCCGCGCGCCCACCUGGCAGGACUCGGGGCGCCUGCGCGGCUACGCGCAUGUGGCCUUUGAGGGAGCUGCUGGGAAGGAGAAAGCCUUGAAGCUGGAUAAGGCCAAGGUCGGAAAGAAGGGGCGCUACCUGAAGAUCGAACCGGCCAAGAAGCCCAACGAAGGCAAAGCGGCAGCCGGAGACAUCGAAGGGAAGCGACGUUUGUUUGUGAAGAACCUUCCCUAUGAUGCUGCUGAAGAUGAUAUUGCCAAGCUGUUCUCCAAGUGCGGAAAGGUGCUGGAGAUUCGCAUCCCCCACACCUCUGGGAGGAGCAAGGGCUUCGCCUACGUGGAGUUCGCAAAGGCUCAGGGCCUACGAACGGCGAUGGAACUGGAUCCAGCUCCCUCGCUCCAGGGUCGCAAGCUUUUACUGGAUGCUGAUGUGGGUUCUGGGCCGAAAGCUGGCUUUCAUCACCGCCCCGAUGCCUUUCAGUCGAAUUUCGGCCCCAAGAAGAAGGGCCAGGGCAAAGGUGGCAGAGGUGGCAGAGGUGGCAGAGGUCGAGGAAAGCCGUCGCUCUUCUGAGGCGACACGCUCUGAUUUCCAGGUCCGCUUUCUGGUCAAAUUGGUGUGCAA